GUGGGCCCGCACGGCGGAGCCGCGGCAGCUGGGGUCCCGCUCGCCGGUGGAGUCUUCACUCGUGGCCUUCCUUCCCCCUCCCCCUUACACACCCACAUCUCAGCAACAGAAACAUCCGGAAGGGGUUUAUGGUUCCCCCCGCGUCCCCUUCUGUGGGCGCAGACCUCCCGGACGUCGGUGGGUCGGACGCGAUGGUGUCGCUGAUCUAGCCGCAGGCUUCGGGGUUUGCGACUCAGCCUCGGCGGCAAGAUGGCGGCGGAGGGCAGCAGCGGAACCGCAGGGCUGACUUACAGGAGAGUGCCAUCUUCAGAGAUGGCAGCAGCCUCUUCGUAUGGCACACAGUUGAAGAAGAUAGGCCACAGGCGAGUGGACUCCACUGGGGAGACUACGUAUAAAAAGACGACUUCCUCUGCCCUCCGAGGUGCCAUUCAGUUGGGGAUCACGCACACAGUUGGGAGUCUCAGCACUAAGCCUGAGCGCGAUGUCCUCAUGCAGGACUUCUACGUGGUGGAGAGCAUUUUCUUCCCAAGCGAAGGAAGCAACUUGACACCAGCCCAUCACUACGCCGAUUUCCGCUUCAAAACCUAUGCGCCUGUAGCAUUCCGAUAUUUCCGGGAGCUGUUUGGAAUUCGCCCUGAUGACUAUCUGUAUUCUCUAUGUAACGAACAACUGAUUGAGUUGUCUAACCCCGGUGCUAGUGGCUCUGUCUUCUACGUAUCUGCUGAUGAUGAAUUUAUCAUCAAAACAGUUCAGCACAAGGAGGCGGAGUUUUUACAGAAGCUGUUACCUGGAUAUUACAUGAACUUGAACCAGAAUCCUCGCACGCUGCUGCCCAAGUUCUUCGGGCUCUACUGCAUCCAGUCAGGGGGCAACAACAUCCGACUGGUGGUCAUGAACAACCUGCUGCCCCGGGCGUUGAAAAUGCACCUGAAAUACGACCUGAAAGGGUCAACCUACAAGCGCAGGGCUUCACAGAAAGAGCGCGAGAAGCCACGACCCACCUUCAAAGACCUUGACUUCAUGCAGGAUAUCCCGGACGGCCUCUUCCUGGAUACCGACAUGUACAGUGCCUUGUAUAAAACGAUUCAGAGAGACUGUUUGGUGCUUCAGAGCUUCAAAAUCAUGGACUACAGCUUGCUGGUCGGGAUCCACAACAUGGAUAUCGCCAGCCGGGAGCGUGGGGCUGAGGGGCCCCAGGGUGGCACAGAUGGCAUCGGCCCGUCGGAUGCCCGGAGACCGGCUGGCCAGCGGGCGCUGUACUCAACGGCAGUGGAGGCCAUCCAGGGCGAAUCGAGGCUGGGGGGAACCGGCGAGACGGAUGAACUGAUGGGGGGAAUCCCAGCUCGGAACUCCAAAGGCGAACGUCUGAUGUUGUACAUUGGCAUCAUAGACAUCUUACAAUCAUACAGAUUUAUAAAGAAGCUGGAACACUCUUGGAAGGCACUUGUACAUGAUGGGGACACAGUAUCCGUGCACAGGCCGGGUUUUUAUGCUGAACGAUUUCAGCGUUUCAUGUGCGGCGUAGUCUUCAAGAAGAUACCACUCAAACCAUCCCCGUCGAAGAAGAGCCGAAUUGGCAUGGCGUCCACACGCCGGGCACCAGCGGGAGGGGCUGGCCAACCACACCCAACCCUGACGGAGGCGGCGAAAGUGCAGAUGGUUGACAGGGAGAUCACUGAAGCGGUCAUUGAACAAGGAGUGUAUCAGGGGCGCCCUGACAUCCUCCCCAGGACCCCACCGUUAGACGAGGCUACCAGCCUUUCAGCAGCAACCACCUUGUCCAAUUCGUCUCUGGCGGAGCCCGGAGGAUUGGACAGCACAGGAGCGAACUCUCCAGUCUCCAGGGCCUUGGCUUUGGACGUGCAAGCGGCCUACCAAACUGAUCCUCAACCCCCCACGCAGAUAGCCAGCAGUGUGGAAAGUAUCCCUCCAAUUGUUUCGGAGCCUGUGCCGGGGAGUCUCCCUUCAGAGCUGUGCAGUGGGUCAAAAGCAGACGAGGGCACCCGGUGCCACGAUGCAGUGCUAGAAACUGAAAUUUGCUUUGUAAGUACCAUGCUCGGGCGCACAGUUGCCAAAAUGGAACCGCCAAUUGCCGUGAGUGUCCGGCUCCCCUCUGUGUAUCACACGGCUGUUCCUUUCCCCAGUUUUGAGGAGGUGAUGAAUCAAGCCUCCACUCCUUCCCGGCUGGUUCGGUGUGAAUCUCUUUCGCGUCUACAACUCCCGACAUCCUUGGCGUCCGAAGAAACAACAACAACACGGCAUGAUGUUGCCGGAAGCGACUACAACUCCCGACAGCCUUGGCGUCCGAAGAAACAACAACACGGCGUGAUGACACCGGAAGUGGCUGCAACUCUUGGCGUCCGAUGUAACUACAACACGUGGGAUGGCGGUAGCGGAAGUGACGAUAACACCCAGCGUUCCUUGCCGACUAAAAUAAACUACAACAGCUGGGAGUCCGGCACCGGAAGCGACUACAACCCCCGGCAUCCUUGCUGCCUGAGAGAAAACGACAACAGCGGGGAAUCCACCGUUGUCGGCGCGGACUACAAAUCCCAGCAGAGCGAAGGUCCCGGCAAAAUGGUGCUGGAAAGUACGAUGGUGUGUGUCGACAACAGCGAGUUCAUGAGGAACGGAGACUUCCUGCCCACCCGGCUCCAGGCCCAGCAGGACGCCGUCAACAUCGUGUGUCAUUCGAAAACGCGGAGCAAUCCGGAGAAUAACGUGGGGCUCAUCACCCUCGCCAAUAACUGCGAGGUGCUCACCACGUUGACCCCCGACACGGGUCGGAUUCUCUCCAAACUUCACGCCGUCCAGCCCGUCGGCAAAAUCAGCUUCUGCACUGGCGUCCGGGUGGCACACCUGGCCCUGAAACACCGCCAGGGCAAGAACCACAAAACCCGGAUCAUCGUCUUCGUGGGGAGCCCCGUGGAGGACAACGAGAAGGACUUGGUGAAAUUAGCCAAACGGCUGAAGAAAGAGAAGGUGAACGUGGAUAUUGUGAACUUUGGUGAGGAGGAAGCCAACACGGAGAAGCUGACUGCCUUCAUCAACACUCUCAAUGGGAAGGACGGAACAGGCUCCCACCUGGUGACGGUGCCCCCCGGGCCCAGCCUGGCAGAUGCCCUCAUCAGCUCGCCCAUCCUGGCCGGGGAGGGCGGCACCAUGCUGGGUCUUGGAGCCAGCGACUUCGAGUUUGGAGUGGACCCCAGUGCAGACCCUGAGCUGGCCCUGGCUCUCCGUGUGUCGAUGGAGGAGCAGCGACAGCGUCAGGAAGAGGAGGCGAGGCGCGCUGCCGCUGCAUCCGCUGUGGAAGCUGGAAUUGUGACCCCGAUGAAUGAAGACCCAGACGAUGCAAUGCUGAAGAUGUCCAUGACCCAGCAGGAGACCGCAGGGACCGGGCUGCCUGAUUUCAGCAGCAUGUCGGAAGAGGAGCAGAUCGCCUAUGCCAUGCAGAUGUCCCUCCAGGCGGCAGAGUUUGGGAGUUCCGAGGGUCUGUCCACCAUGGAAGCUGGCACAGCCAUGGAUACGUCUGAGGCUUCAGCCAAGGAGGAAGACAACUACGAUGUAAUGGAAGACCCAGAGUUCCUGCAGAGCGUGCUGGAGAACCUACCCGGGGUCGACCCCAACAACGAGGCCAUUCGCAACGCCAUGGGCUCCCUCCAGUCGCAGACCUCCAAGGAGACCAAGAAGGACAACGAGGAGGAGAGGAAGUAGAGUGGGGGGGGUGAGGGGCCGCGAGAAUUCUGACCCUACGGCGAUCUGCAUGUUGCUGCUGCAGACAGACUGACUCGAACAUAGCGGCUAGCAUCACCCUCUUUACUGAUGGCUAUUGGCUGCCAACAGGAAAAUGUCGCGCGUGUGAAAAGUCUCCCUUUAUUCCCUGCCCUGGGUGUGAUCGCACGGUGAGAGGUUUUGGCUUUGGAAACGGGAUGUUAAUAAAAUAACACAAAGACCUCA